AUGCUGUUCGUGGUGGUGGCCGUGUUUGCGACUCUCUGGCUGCCAUACCGGGUGCUCUUGGUUUACAACUCGUUCGCCGAGAAACGCUACAUGGAGCUGUGGUACCUCAUGUUCUGCAAGACCAUGAUAUUCAUCAACAGCGCCAUCAACCCAAUCCUGUACAACGCCAUGUCCAUCAAGUUUCGGCGCGCCUUCAAGCGCAUGCUCAGCUGUGGCGCCGCCCGCGGCUCUCGAGACAGCCGCGGCGGCACCGAACGCACCGUGGCAGGAACCUACUCGAGCGUCGUGGGAGGUGGCUCAGUGCGCCUCAACCGCAGCACUUUCGUCGCGCCAGCUGGCAAGGGCAGCACAAGCAAGAACGCGCUGGUCGACACCAGUCACCAGCUGGUGUAAAAGGCGUGGUCUGGCAAUAGCCGCUGCGUCAGCUUCUCGGAGACGCACAGCAGCCGCCGUUGGCCUGUGUUUCAUUGUGGGCUCUUGCCCGAUUGUGUUGGCUGCAGGUUAAUUGCAGGCCCCACAAAAGCCAUUCCACCAUACACCACUGAAUAGAGUCAGGACAGCGACCGAGGAUGGAUUAACUACUCAGUCAUUUCCAGACGAAAUAGUUGGGGCGACGCAAGGAACCGGGAAUCAAGGCUCCGUGUUUCUCCAGCACAAGUGUAACGUGUGUUUGUGUGCGCGCGAGUGUCUGGCUACCAACCCAGCUCCAGAACAACGGGUAGUUUGAGCUUUAAGGAGUGUGUUCACACAGGACCUAACAUUCGUACGUUGCUCCUGUUAAUGCGCAGGGAUCAGGAAUGCCAUUUACUUUGCUGCGCAUUGUUUCUUGGAAACCGUAUGGGGAGAAUUCAUGAAACAGGGAAUGUGAUUAUGAGCUAAUCGGUGCAAAGCGCGCCUAACGAGAGCAGAAUCAUGUAAGUGAACCUUUAGCUAUGUAUUUAUCUUCAUUGUUUGCUUCUCCUGUGACAUCAAACGCUUCGUGUACCCAACACCCACCGUGGGCGCCAAGUACGACCAACAAGCAUUGUGUCGUGAAUGUCACCUGCUGCACCACGUCGCACUGAUCCCCCACACCCUCAUUCAAACCCCAAUGUUAAAGAAAACGCUCAGGCACAUGUACAGAAAUGAAGUUACUGUGAAGAGGCAGACAGACAGAGAGAGAGAGGAAUCAGGGGUAUGUAGGCUGAUAGAAUAUGGUACGCUUAGCCCCGUAUAUGUCAUGCAGCAGGAGUGUGAAAAAAAUUUUUUUAUAUACCAUUCCAUACAAUCAGCAGAUAGUUGCACUGGCACAUGGUCGUACAUGGGCCAGCGACGUGAUAUCUGUAGCUGCCACUGGUUAGAAUGGCCGACAGGCACAGCAAUAUGUGCUUGAGUUUCCGUGUUUUCGAAACACCCUUCCCAAGUCAUCCUUCCGAGUUGCAGAUACCCAAUGUGGACGCCACCAGUGCUUCAGCUCUGCAAGCGAUGACAUUGCUCAGAAUUUGCCUCAAAAACUGUGUGUCGUCCGCAGACUUAUCUGUCGGAUGCGUCAAAUUGUGGGUGAAUAUUUUUCGCGAGUAGCCACUCCUGCUCAUCCUCAUUUUACUUUUGUGCGUUGAAGUAAAAUACCGCUUGUGUGCAGUAUAUGACAGCUACUUGUGCGCACGCUGCUCAAGAUGCAGGAAAUCACUAAGGGAACUGCUUGUUAAUGCGCUUGCCGUCAUUUUAUUCUCCCAGGUAUCACGCACUGGAUGUUUCUUAGAUAGUUGUCUAUUCACUGUAAGAUGUGUGUGUAUCAUUAACCAUAUUAAAAACAUGUUUAACGCAGCGAUUUAUGUGGAUUUGCUAAAACUUCACAUUACUGUGUCUGUUACAAUAACUUGUCAUUUUGAAGCAAAAAAAUGCAAGGUCCACUUCCGUUAUAAUUUCAGUCACAUGCUUCUGUGUCACUAUCUGUGUUUUACCAGGGACAGCAACCCGAAUCCUGCUAAAGGAUAUGCCAAGAGGUAAAAAAAAAAUUUUGUUUGGUAUAUAUGCCCCAAAUGUUAUGCGCGCUUUUGAAUCCAGCAUGCUCCUAUGGCACCAAAACAGUGGGCACCUCACAUGAAAAAGUGCUCAGUAAUCUUGAAUGACAGGGUAAAUGAGAAUGUCCAACCUUGAGUUUAAUUGCAGCGCUCUCAAAUCUGUUCAUCUAUUUCUUUUAUUUUAAAAGUUUCUCUUUCCGUGUAGAUAGGAUGCUUCGCAUGCGUGCAUGAAAUAACUUGCUGGAGUGCGCAGAUAUUUUCUACAUGUAUCCCGUAGUGUUUGUGAGCUGCUACGUGUUUCCAAAGGUCAGUGUUCUGUGAAAGAUAUCAGUGGCAUUGUUGAACCACUCUGUCAACUUGUUAUGUGCUUUUGAACAUAUUCUUGGUGUUGUGGCGACGAUGAAUUGAUGAUGUAGAGGAUACCUUCACUGACACACUGACACUGGCACACGUUUCUGAGACAUAUUGUUGCCAUCAGGUGGCGUAUUUACAACUGAAGAAGAGCUCGUGACAGCGCUCACUAAUAGUUUUUGCCAUGUAUUUGCGUCUUGCAUGUAGGUGCUUCGUAAUCUCUUCCUGUGCGAGAGUUAAGUGUAUAGGUGUAUACGCACAC